AUUUUUUAUUUUUGUGUCUGUUAUCACCUUUUAGGACAGUAAAAAUGCUUAGAUUUUCUUCAAAAUCAUCUUUUCUAAUAGGAAAGUGAAUCUAGUUGGUACUUUGGGGGUCAUAAGUAAAAAUUUCUCAGUAGUUUUCAAAAGCGCCGUGAAAAACAAUAGAAAAAUUAAGGGAAAACGGGAAUUUUUACGCAAAAUCUGUUAUCGAGAAAAUCGAUUUUGGUUUUUGGUGUUACUCUAAAACAAAUGAACGUUACAUGAAUUAUUCACUGGUUGCUUAUAUUUGCAUUUUCUAUACAUGAUACAAUUUUAAAAAUAUUUUGAUUUGUCUUGAACUGUUUAGGAACAUUUUCAGUUUCCAAUUUUAUUAGUAUUAUUUGUUGGGUAAAAAAUCUUGAAAAUUUAAUACAAGGGUCCUACUAUAUUGUUACAAUGAUUUUUUAAAUAUAUUAAAAAUCCUUAGUCACAGUUUUUAUUUAUAAGCAUUUAAAGUUCAAAUCUUGACAAAAUACGAAAAAAUCACAAAAAUUAGCAAAUUAUUUUGAGUGAGAAUUCAUAAUUUUUUCUUUUUAAAUCUAAGAUUUGAAAAUGUAAUACAAGAUUAUCCAUAAAUUUGUCUACCUUCAUCAAAAAAAAAAAUGUCCACAAGAAAGUUACAUUAAAUUUUUAUGAGCAUUUGAAUUUCAUAUUUUUACAACAUUUGUUAUUCACUCGAUUUCUCAUGUAACUAUUUUCUUAUUUUGUUGUAAUUAAAAAACGUAUGACUGUAGAUACUUGAAAAUUUCACUGAAUGUUUAUAUUAGCAUUUUCUAUACACGAUAACAUUUUGAAAAUAAUUUGACUCUUUUUGAGCUGUUUAUGAACAUUGUCAAUUUUCAAUUUUUUUAGUUUUUUUUUCUAUAAAUGUCAAUAAAAUUUUAUUUGUUGGGUAAAAAAGCAUGAAAAUGUAAUGCAAGGCUCAUGAUAUAUUGUUACAAUAGUAGUUGAAAAAUAUUUAAAAUACAUAGGCACAAUUUUUUUUAAAAGCAUUUAAAGUUAAAAUUUUGAUAAAAUUUAAUAAUUAUUUUGUAGUUAAAAAUUUAUAAAUUGUUCAACUUUUAUAACUAAGGUUUGAAAAUUUAAAACAAAGUUCCACGUAAAUAGGUUAUAUACAAUAUUACUUUAUCACAAUAAUAUCAUCAAAUAUACUUGGUAAUAUCAUGGCUGACUGACCGUUUUCGCUCAGAAUUGUUUUUCUUAUACAAUGAUAUUAUAUAAUUGAAUUCAAAUUUAACACCAUCCAUUACAGUGACCCACUUAUAACCUACUGUACAGCAGAGCAACAUCCACUUACCCACCUUUUUCCACAUUAUAUUUAAUAGUAAACUUGAUUGUUAAAUAUUUAUGUCUAACACUCCUCUUCAUUAACUUGGCAGUAAUAUAAAUUUUAUUUCAGUAGAACCUCGAUUAUUCAUCUCCUGAUUAAUUGUCUAGGGAGCUAAAAUUUUUGCGAGUCUGUAUAACUCCUGGAUCUUCCGGUAAUAUCUGCUAUAUAGGUGAUAAUAUGUUAAACAGUCGUGUGUUGUAUUGAAAAGUCAGUUAGGAAUUACAAAUGUUAUAGUAAUAGUAAUAGUAAAUAUAUUAUAUAACUAAUAUAUAUAUUAUAUAAAUAUGUCAUAAUUAUGAAAAAAUAAUAAUAGUAUUAAGUAAAGUAAUAUACUUAUAAUAAUAUAUUAAUUGUUAAAGAAAUUUUAAUUUAUCGUUUAUCUUUCUUUUCUAUGGUCUGCCAAGGUUCUAGUCCCAAGAUGAUUUAUCUAAGUUCUACUGUACUAUAUUAUUAUAAUAUUCUCAACAUUAAGGUGCAAACUUAUAAAAUAUAAUAUAUUUGUUUAUUAACAUAAAAAGUAGUGUUGUGGGAAUAAAAAAUAGUAUUGUUACUAUAAAAUAAAAUUAUCUUGAUUAUUGCAAUUAAACAUCAAUGCUUCAACUUAGGCCGUCUACACACGGAGCUAUUCAUUAGAAACUAAUUACUGACGCAAAUCACUAACCAGUUUACGUUUAGUCACUAACUAUGUUGUCCAAUGGAACACGACAGACGGCGCUACUGGUUACUAAUUAGUUACUAACGCGUGAGUGAUCAGUUCCAAGUGAUUCGACUGUCGAGUCACUUCCAAGUUGCGUCACCCUAGAAUUGUGUGAUUUUUUUAAAAUCAAAUAUUUUCUUGUUUUAUUUUCCUUCAUAAAUUAAACAAUGAGCGAACAAAAACUUAACAUAAAGUUUGUAGAAGAAGUGGAGAAACAUCCGAUUUUGUACAACUACACUCUUCCUGGCUAUUCUAGGAAGGAUGAGACGGAAAUAGCAUGGAACGAAGUUGGAAAAACUGUAAAUAUGACAGCGGCUGAAUGCAAAGAAAGAUGGAAGAAUAUUCGAGCGGUUUUUGUGCGAAACAUGAAACCUGCCCCAAGUGGUGCAGGAGCGAAAACAAAGAAGACAUAUUAUUUAAUGGAAUCUAUGCAAUUCACCGUACCAUAUAUAAAGGCAUUAGGUGCACCUUCAGGAAAUCUACCAAACCCACCAGAACAAAAAGAAGAUAAGGAAUCUGAAGAAAAUGAUUCGACCGCCAACGAAGAAAACGUUUUGGAACCGCAAUGUUCAUUUCAACAACCGCCAACCCCAUCUCUACCAUAUCCAUCUUCACCGUUACCAUCACCUACACCACAACACACAACUGAAAUGUCUCAAAGCAAGAAGAACACUACUCACAGUCAACCUGAGCCUUUUCCAUCAAAUCUGCCAAACCGAAAACGUGGCUUUAAGAACCCAGUUGAUAAAGCAUUCCUCGAAUACUUCGAAACCAAAAGAGCCAGAGCGCUAAAUUCAUCUGAUCAUAUGAAGCAGGAUCCAAAAACAGAAGGUUUGAAAAUGUUUUUACUUAGCAUGCUACCAGAUCUUCUCAAAAUGUCAGACGAAGGAGUACGACUUUUCAAGCGAAGAGCCCUGCAGUCUGUUGAUGACAUUUUAUCACACAGUUUGGACUACACACCAUCAAAUACAUUUUCAGCCUCAUCUACACCUUCGACACACUCUGAAAUGAUGUAUAUACCUCAGAAUGCAAAUGUGAAUAAUACUUCGCAAUUAAACAGACUAGAAACCUCAACCAGUCAAAGCACAGCACAGUUUUAUGAAGCAGUAAAUGAAGCUUUGAGUGAAGUUAACCAAGAGGAAUACAAUACACAAUUAUUUAAUCAAUAACAUGUUUGAAAGUUAACCGUAGCUUUUACAUUUAUUUUAUUUUUAAAUUAUUAUUAAAAAGUGUUUAAUAAUUAAAAAGGUUGUAUUUUAUAAUUUGAAUAUAAUUAAUUUUUUUU